UUGUGUGGUUUUACUAAUCCUCAGCGGGACGUGGAGCUUUGACAGGAGGCAUUGCAGUUUUUUUUGUUGGAGCACUUGCUGAAGCUCAUCGACACCCCACUGGCUCUGCCCCGUUCACUGAAGCAAUCUGCCUUUACACUGAAUGCUUCACGUUAUUGUCCUUCAACUUCACAACCAGAGCUUUUCACUGGGGCUGCAUGAGGUGCAGCCUGCUACUUUCACCCGUCAGACUGUCAGGAGAGCUCAUGGCCUACGGUCAGCAGCCCACUCCACGCUCUUCACCCAGACCACCACUGCCCUGUCUCCACAGGUUUGGAAGAGCGCCCUCUCACGGCCUGGGCAGAGACUGUUUUGUUCCUCCGCUGCUCCACAGGAGGUGACCGUGGUGUAUCAGAAUGGUCUGCCUGUGAUCUCGGUCAGUUUGCCGUCCAGGCGGGAGCGCUGCCAGUUCACCCUGAAGCCUCUGAGCGACUGCGUGGGCGUUUUCCUGCAGCAGCUGCAGGCGGAGGACAGAGGCAUCGACCGUGUGGCCAUCUACUCCAUGGACGGAGCGAGGAUCGCCUCCUCCACUGGCAUAGACAUCCUGCUGAUGGACGACUUUAAGCUCGUCAUCAAUGACACCACUCAUAUUGUGCGACCACCAAGGAGAGAGAUCCUGCCCCACGAGGAGGCCGAGAGGCUAAAUGACGUCAAGUUUCUGGUGCAGCAGCUCUACACCACACUGCGCAUCGAGGAGCACCAGCUCAGCAAAGAGCGGGAGCUGAUUGGACGACUGGAGGACCUCAACUCUCAGCUGCGCCCCCUAGAGAAGGUGAGAGAGGAGCUGAGCAAGAAGGCGGAGCGCCGCACCACCUGGGUGCUGUGGGGCGGCAUGGCGUACAUGGCGACGCAGUUUGGCAUCCUGGCCAGGCUGACCUGGUGGGAAUACUCCUGGGAUAUCAUGGAGCCCGUCACCUACUUCAUCACUUAUGGCACUGCGAUGGCAAUGUAUGCCUACUUUGUGCUGACACGUCAGGAGUACGUUUAUCCUGACGCUAGAGAUAGACAGUACCUGCUGUUCUUCCACAAGGGGGUGAAGAGGACACGCUUCGACAUCGAGAAGUACAACAAGCUGAAGGAUGACAUCGCUGAGGUGGAGCUGGACCUGAAGCGCCUAAGGGACCCGCUCCAGCUCCAGCUCCCAAUUCAGCAGCUGCCCAGCGACAAAAAUUGAUGGCAAGCGUGAUUCCCCUCAUCUCUGAUCUCCUGGAACCGACCCUCUUUCUUCCCCUUCCCCCCCUCUGGUGUCUGAUUACUCCCUC